AUGGCUGAGUGGCAGACCGAAUGUAUGUUGCCUCCAACCCAACCAGGUCUUGAAGGUGUCGGGCCCCAUCCAGGUCGAGUGCUUCAGAACACUUCGGGAAACAUACAGUCCUACUCCGACACCCUGGCGCACACUGAUCCCACCGGGCGUGAGGACCAUUUUUCACAUUAUGGUUUCAAGUAUCCUCAUCAGCCCCCGGUCCCAACUCACCCAAUGCCUACCACCACCAGCCUGCAUGCCCAGCAAGUUCUCAACAAUCGUUUCCAUACAAAGAAACUGCGGCGUCUCCAAUCACUUGGUCCUAACCUGAUUGGACCCCGCAGGACAAGAAGUUACCUCAAGUCCCCAAAGUACAUAGAGUACAGGGCACGGCCUCGCCGAGAUACUGGAAAGGACGGGGAGCCCGUUUGGUCAGAUGAGCUUGAGGAUGCUUUCCAGCAAGCCCUUGAGGCGAAUCCCCCCAUGGGGAGACGAAAAUGGUCCGAACGCGGAAAAUCCUACGGUCGAAAUGAACUGAUAGCUGAGUACAUCUACAAAACUACUGGGAAAAGGAGGUCAAGAAAGCAGGUCUCUAGCCACCUGCAAGUCCUUGAUUCUUUUCUCAAGGGUGACCCCGAUUGGGAGAGGCUUGUACGGGAGCAACCAGCAGACCGUUCGAAUGGCCAGCCACCAUCAGCCGGUCCUCGCUGGAGAAAUUCGAUGGAGGUCCCAUUCUCCAGCCAUUACAAUAGCCACAAUUAUCCCUCCUAUCAUGACUCGUUGAGGCCGGUGCAAUCUUACUCCGGGGAGCUGCCCCCUCCACACAUUGUUUUCAAUCCCAAUUUGCACGCCGAGGCAACGAACGUUAAUAUGAUCUAUGGCCUCAGCUUUGACAUGUGGGUGAGCGCGCCGGGUCAGCCAGAGCGGAUCGAGAGUGCAUUCCAUACCUACACCCGCCUCCAAGGGGACCAACGUCAUCCCGGUGCACCCCCAAAACGCUUGGAGGAUCUCUCCAAUUGGCGGACAUCGUUUCCCCAUCUCAACUCAGUCAUGGCAGAUGUUAACAACCCACUGAACUGUGAGAUCAUCCUCCUGGAGGCCAAUCUGAAGUUGAUGGAUGAUUUCCCCCCGUCCGGCUCGAAACUUGGGAUACAGCUAGAGCUGGACUUCACCCAGCCUCCUAAUGGCGAUGCACUGACGAACCAAAUGGAGAACUGGUCGUGCAGCACGUAUAUCUACGAGGAAGGUCACAACAUAUUCAAGGAACGCCGCAACCUUCCUAGACAGCAGUCGAACAAAGUGAAACCUCCAUUUGAAUCUUCGUGGUGGGCAAAACGUUUUACGGAACUCACGGAGCUCACCCAAAGCAGACAAGUAAACGACGCUGCUGAUAGGCACGCGAGAGACUACUUCCGCACCUUGACGGCAGUCCAAGAAAUACGGGCCACUCCUAGUUCUCGUCGGGUAUCGAACCAGUACCCUGACAACUCCCAGGAUGGAAGCAAAAGAAUGGCCAUCCUGCUUUGGCAAUUCCGGCGCACGCGACCGAACGAAGUUGGCACUACCACAUGGCGCCGGGUGACUCCGCCAUCCCCCGACCGUAAUGCAAUCCCUAGCCCCAAGCCCGUAACGGGGAUCGACCUCCCUCCCUUGUCCUUCGAUGCAAACUCUCUAGCUAGGCCUGCCCCAAGCAUUUACCAAGCCCCUCAGUCACACGACUUGGUGCAUCAUAGUGGUGCCUCGCAGCCUCAAUGGUCCAUGUACCAACCACCGCAGGACAGCAUAUUCAAUGCAAGCGGAGGUUUUGACCUUCUCAACUCUCUCACUAAGCCAGAGGGUGGCCUUUAUGACAAAACUGCCGUCACCUCAGUGCCCGACACCUACCCCAGUCUGCAGCCUGAAGUCAGCCAGCCAACGAGUCUCAAUGGUUCUACCGGAGGACCAGGGAUGCUUAGCAUACCUGAUAUGUCCCUUUCACACACCAAUCUCAAUACGUACAACCUAAGUGGGCAUGAUAAUCAGUAUGGAACGCCCCAUCAUCCUGGGGUGAGCCUGCCCGAUAACAGCCAUGUUUUAAACAAUGGCAUAUUUGGGUCCAGCACUCAAUCGAUCGAUGACAUGAGUCAAACUCAUGCACCUUGGCCGACUCCUACAUCGAGUAUCACUGAUGUUGGGUCGAGCAACUAUAGCCACCUGCAGUUUCCUGAUCACCAUGUGCCGUCUGUCUCACGAGAAUCCCAUCCGCCCAACCACUACGGGGGGUUACUGGGCCCAGACGACCUCAUAGUGGGGAGUAUGCCGGAUGAUCCUAGUAUCCAUGGGGCGGGCCAUGGCCACAUUAAUCACACCUAUACUGAGAACAACGCGGUUGAGGCCGCAUAA